UUGAAAUAAUAAGCGGUAAUUUUGUAACUUCUUUCCUUGUUUUUGAAGUUGUCAGUGGACGGGGCUACUGGUCUCCCCUCUUCAGCCGUUGGUGACGUCCUCCCUCCAGCUGAUCGGCCUUGGUGCCCGGUGCGGAUCCUCGGGCUCUCCGUGGCCGAGUUCGCCCUCUUUUUAUACUGUUUUCCCCGGCUGGGUGGAAGCGGCCGCUCGUGUCGGCGACGCCCUCGACCCCGCUAAACCCUGUGGACUGCAGGCUGCCCGGCUGUGCCGACUCUCCCUACCCGCAGACCGCCGAGAAGCCGCCUACUGCCGCCAGGCCUCUGUUCCAUCCUCGGUCUCUUCCACCCCGCCCUGCCGUCUGGAGCCAUGGGGGACACGGGCAGCGAACGCAGCAAACCGCCCAGCCUCCCGCCACGCUGCCCCUGCGGAUUCUGGGGGUCCAGCAAGACCAUGAACCUUUGCUCCAAGUGUUUUGCUGAUGUCCAGAAGAAGCAGCCAGAUGAGGACUGCGCCCCCGAGUCCGCCCCGAGCGCCAGCAGCAGCCAAUCAGCAGUGUUCUGCAGUGAGAUGAGCAGCAGUAACUCCUCCCUCUCGUCACAGCCUGCCAGCUCUGCCCAGCUGUCGCCUAGCGACACAAGCUCCGCCCCCUCUAGCACACAGGAGGGGGUCUCCUGCACAGACACAGCCCACGGCACACUGUCCACGCCCACAAAACGGCCCUGUGACUCAGGGUCGGAGAGCGAGGUGUCACCGGGGAAACGAGCGCGGCGGGACGAUGAGGCCACAACGGAUGACAGCCGCGGGGGGGGCAAGCAGAGGAGCCGCCGGCGCUGCCACCGCUGUCAGACCAAACUGGAGCUGGUCCAGCAGGAGCUGGGGUCGUGCCGCUGCGGCUACGUGUUCUGCAUGCUGCACCGCCUGCCCGAGCAGCACGACUGCCUGUUUGACCACCUGGGCCGCGGCCGCGAGGAGGCUGUCCUCAAGAUGGUCAAGCUGGAGCGCAAGGUGGGGCGCUCGUGCCAGCGCAUCGGCGAGGAGUGUUCCUGAGCAUGCCCCGCUCGCACCCGGAGGGGAGCCUCGCACCGACACAGUGCCCACACCUGUCCCAGAACCUCGCUGACCCAGUACAGUCCCCAGUGACCCCAGUACAGGCCACACCGCCCCCAGUGUAGGCUCUGUAGCCCCAGGACAGGCCAUACUUCUCCCCCAGUACCCUUGCACAAUCCAUGGUACAGGCCCACUGUUCCCAGUCCACUCGCACAGACCAUGGUGCUGGCCCUCUGUUCCCAGUCCACUCUCGCAGACCAUGGUACAGGCCCACUGUUCCCAGUCCACUCUCACAGACCAUGGUACAGACCCACUGUUCCCAGUCCACUCUCACAGACCAUAGUACAGUACAAUACUGACCCCAAGAUG